ACUCUUCCCAAAGUCACAAAUUUUUCUUCCCCUAUAUAUUGCAUCCCCACAUUCCAACCGACACCCAUUUUCCACUCUCACGAAUCGGUUUCACACUCUCAGUGAAAGCGAAACAGAACACAGAAACUAAGAUGGAGGUGGAAGUGGUGUUACCAAUGGCUGCUCCGGUCGACUUCAACUUCGACAGCAAUUGUUCCUCUCCAUACAUCACCGCUCCUUCAAGCCCUCAACGCUUUGGCAACUUCUUCUUCAGUGCCCCCACCAGCCCCACACGUGGCGCUUCCUCCUUCUUCAACGACUUUCCCUCUUCCCCGGUUUCCUCUGUUCCUUUUCACUGGGAACAAAAACCUGGUGUCCCCAAAUCCAAUGCAAAUGACGAUGAUUUCGAGUUUAAUUUCAGUGGCCACCUCGAUAGACCUUCUCUCUCCGCCGAUGAACUCUUCGAUGGCGGAAAGAUCCGUCCCCUAAAACCACCGCCGCGGCUGCAAUCCCCUGAAUCUCUUUCCCCGGCGACAUCUCCUAGAUCAAAAAUAUCGCAGGGGAAGAAAACGGGUCAGAGAGACUUGGACUUCGACCCAUUUACAGCAGCAAUGAAAGAAACUCGGAGAAGAGAAGAGAAAGAAGAGGAAGCGAAAGAAGAAAAGAGAGGGAGAGAAAGGGUUUCGGGUUCUGGUCGUAAAGGAAGUAGGUCGUUGUCCCCUUUGAGGAUCUCCGACAUAGUGUGUGACGCCGAGGACAAAGGUGUUUCUUCCUCCUCAAGCAACCCCAAACCCUUCUUCUUGUCUUCGAUUCCUUUCACCAAAGGGUACCGUAAAUGGAGGCUCAGGGAUUUUCUUCUCUUCCGUAGUGCUUCCGAGGGAAGAGCCACCGACAAGGACCCUCUUAGGAAAUACGUUGUUUUGUCCAAAAAGGGUGUGGACGAGGAUGUUCGUAACGCCAGCUUCCGGUCCACGGAGAGUUCCGGUUCUGCGUCAAGACGGCGUGGUCCUGUCUCGGCCCAUGAACUGCAUUACACGGUGAACCGGGCUGCUUCUGAGGAGAUGAAGAAGAAAACUUUCUUGCCUUAUAAGCAGGGUUUGUUGGGCUGCUUGGGCUUUAACCCUGGCAUGCAUCACAUUUCUAAGGGAAUUGGCUCUUUGACACGUUCAUAA